AUGUACAUAACCAUGAUGAUGCAUCACCUCUCACUCCUCCUAUCAAUAAUUAUCGCGAUCGCCCCACUGACCGGGGCGAUCCCAGCCCAAAAAGACUUAACACAAGUAUACCAGACAACGGAUGAAUUCCCACUCGCAAACCCGGGAAACGUCCCAGCCCACGACCCAAACAUCAUCCUCCACAACGAGCAUUACUACCUCUUCAAAGGCGGGAUCAGCAUCCCAAUCCUUAAAUCCGCCAACAUAUCCGGACCAUGGGAAAAGCUCGGCACAGUCUUAGCCGGCGACAGCAUAAUCGAUAAAGGCAACCGGUCCCGACCCUGGGCGCCGACAACAAUCGAAAAAAACGGCACAUUUUACUGCUACUACACGCUCAGCGCGAAGGGAUCCCGCAAUAGCGCAAUCGGUGUCGCAACCACAACAGCCCUCGACGGCAGUCCCUGGACAGACCAUGGCGUCGUCAUUAACACAGGCAAAGGUCCUGGAUCAGAUGUAUGGCCGUACACUAUCACGAAUGCCAUUGAUGCGUCUGUGAUCGUCGACCAGGCCGGGCAGACAUAUCUCAACUACGGAAGCUUUUGGCAUGAUUUAUGGCAGGUGCCAUUGGCGGAUGAUUUGCUUUCUGUUAAGGAUGCGGCUGGGCCGGAUGCUGUGCAGUUGGCGUUUAUGCCGCGUGCUAAGAUUAAGCCUGAGGAAGGCGUCUGGAUGAGUUUUCGGGAGGGAUACUAUUACGUUUGGUUUAGUCAUGGGAAGUGUUGUAACUUCCAGAAGGGGUUCCCUGUGGCUGGGAAGGAGUAUAAUAUCCGGGUUGGGAGGUCGAGGAGUGUGCGUGGACCUUUUGAGGAUAAGAAGGGGAGGUCGUUGGUUGAUGGUGGUGGGACGGUGGUUUAUGGAUCGAAUCACGGGAUUGUCUAUGCACCUGGUGGUUUGGGUGUUUUGGAUGGGAAUGACUCUGUGCCGGAUAUUCUCUAUUAUCAUUAUUUGAAUACGUCGAUUGGGUUUGACCACGGACAAGCUCAGCUAGGCUGGAACUAUUUGAAGUAUGAGGAUGGUUGGCCGGUUCCUGUUGGAGGCCAAGAUGCAACUAGUCUGGCCUUCGCUUAUAGACCUCCUGGCUGGGGUUAUCUAGCAAUGAUUUUCGGCUUAUGGCUGUGUAUAUGCAAAUGGUUAUAG